AUGUCUGAGGCCAUGGACCCUCGCGGAAGAGGUAUUGUCGACCUUAACGACAAGCAGCACCCCAACUAUGCUCUUACCAGACGGAACAACUCGUCCAAGUUCCUUUCCAUUGCCCUAGAAGUUCGACUCAUGAUUUACGAGUAUGCGGUAUAUAUCAAGGAGGAGAUCAGUCCUAUUCAACUCGAGUCCCGCUCAAACCAGUUUAUCUUCCAGAAAUACAUUUCGAAGCCACCCUAUGUUUCCAGGGAACCACAGCCAACCGUUGCGUUGCUUACUCGUGUAUGUCGGACCAUCUAUGCUGAGUUUGAACACUUUCAGCCCUUCUAUAACGUCCACACAUUCUCUUUUAUGGAAUUGGAUAAGCUUCGUACAUAUAUUGCAGCUAUUACACCAUCUCGUCGUCGAUCAAUCCGUCGGAUUAGUUACGGGCCGACUGAGUGGUUUGAUGACCACAUUCUUCUCCGCAAGGAAAUAUAUGAGGAAUGCCCCCAAUACCCAUUGGAUGACGGCACAUUGACAAUUCUCAGUCAAACCGGCCUGGAAGAGUUUACCUUGAUCAAGACAAUAGACGAGGGCGACCUAUUUCCGGGUAGGACCGUCGCCCAUGAAUUGGAUGCCGAGCUCAAAAACGUUCAAACAUAUCCCGACAGGUUGCACACCAUACGGAAUCUGCCUUGCUUCCGACUCAGAUUUAACUUCACGUUUUUGUGCCAAACUGGCAUUGCUAAUGAGCUGGUAAAGCAGAUCGACGAAGCAUUAGAAAUUCGCAGACAACGCAUCGGUAUAGAUAAACCUGAAUGGUUUAAGCAGUUGAAUAAUUUCAGAUUGGUCGAAAAUGCCAUGCGUGAAGUUAGUGGUCUCGACAUUCUGGGCGAAGACCGAGUAGCUCUGGAUAGAGCUGCAAGUUGUUUGGGGCCUGUCUCUUCUCGGACAAGAAAUAAGUGCCGACUGCCCAACUCUAUAGGCCAACUAGUUGAUAAUAUACCAAGGUACAGUGCAGAUGGUAUAUUGACCAGCCAAAUUUGCCAAGUACACGAUAUUCGUUGGGAUGGAACAGAUGUGCAGUGUCAAGUAUCCGUAUUUCCUAAUAUCGAGGAUAAGGUUUGGGAAGAUAUCUCUGCUCUCCUAGUGCCCGACAGCAUCGAGGAGAUUAUGUGGUUCUACGGGAAGAUAAUGAAAGAAAACAACUCUAGUCGCUUGGAUGAGAUUAAGGGUAUGCCAACUUUGCGCAAUAUCAUCGAAGUCCAAAGGGGCUUUCACUUUCUCCAGGAUACCAAGGAAGAAAUUUGUGCAAGGAAACAACGCCAACGCCUACGACGGCUACAACCGCGAGCCCCUUGGCGACGGGAAUUCACACCGCGGCGGUCAGAACUGUCCAUUUUGAGAGGCGUCUGGAUGCUGCAUGCAAACGAGUGGGAAACCUAUAUAGCUAAGUUAGAGAGGAGUGCUCUGCAGGACAAGGAAGGAAGCGACUCGGAAACACCGAGUGAAGCCGAAAAAGGAGCCUGA